UGCUUCUGCUCAUGUCUGCCAACAUCAUCUGUCUGCAUGGAAAUCCUUCAGAUCUUCCCAGCCUCCACUGUGUCAGUGAUUACCUGUACACCAUCAACUGCACAUUGAGCAAGGCAGCAUCAGCACUCAACUCCAGCAGCAACAGCUCAUACUGGCUGACUCUCAGGGAGAAGGUGGAAGAAAAGCAGUUCGUGUGUUUGCUGAGAAACGGGCAUAAAGAUUAUUUUUGUACCGUUGACACAUCUGCUCAAAUACCCGAGGACGAUUACCCAGAAGUCUUCAUGGACUUGGACACUUAUAAAAUUUCGCUCUGUCACAACCAAACUGAUGGACCUGCUGUCUGUCAUGUACUGGAGGACAACUACAAACCUUCCAAGAACAUUAAACCCAAUGCACCGUGUUGCCUCACAGUCAACCACAACUCAACACAGCAUCACUUCACCUGGAAAAGCACUUAUGAGAAACAUGGAAAUUACAUUUUCAAGUAUCAGCUUCAAAUAAUCAAAAGUGAACGCCAACAUCACGAUGACAAGGUGACAUUACACAUUUAUACAAACAAUCAGCAUUUCUCAGUGGACGAUGAGAAAUUGGUGCCCGUGACAAAGUACACAGCCAGAGUACGCUCCAGUCCUAACAUCAUUUCUGAGGGAGAAUGGAGUGACUGGUCUCCACUGGUUCACUGGAAGACAGACUCAGUCACAACAGAUCUACUUCUCAUACCUGAACUACUCCAGAAGUCUCUGAUUCCCUUUAAAGUAAGGAACACACUUUCUGUAUUUCCCUGUGUAGGGUUUGAAGUUAGUUAUUGUAUUUAUAAUGUAAAUAUUCUCAACACCAACAUGUGGAGGAAACGAGUCUUCAUCCCAACACCAGAGCCUUAUUUCCACGUACUCUACGGCGACUGCCAAGGAGACUUUAAGAGCUGGGUGACACAUGAAAACACUGAGAUGCUGACAGUCGAGACUUCAGCCCAUAUCGACUCCCUGAUCAAGUGUUUGGAUCUCCCGCAUGAAGUCUGUGAGCCCCAGGUUGACCACCAGAUGCUGGACGGCAGAGCCUAUUGUAACAUACCCGUCUCAUCCUGUGAGUCUUCUGUCCUGGGCCUGCCCUGUGCAGUGAACAUCAUGAAUCCACUGUCAGCUACGGAGGAUCGGACUCUGAACUCAGAGCCUGGGAGUCCACUUAAGGAAGGCUACUGGCAAUACAGUGACAUAUCCCUGGAGAAGGGCUCCCCCUGGUACCGUAAUGAGUACUGCAUCCUGAAUACCUUCACAGCAGACCAUGUCAUAUCGAUAAAUUCAUGCUGAGACGAAUUCAAAUUUCAGUUUUACUGACACUGUAGUGAUGUCAAAAUGUGUCACAGCAGUAUAAUGAGGUCUGGUCACAGAUCAGCCUUAAAGACUACAAAAAAAAUUGUAACUUUAGAGACCAAAGAGUUAAAUCCAUUGUUUGUGUGUAAAAACUGUGCCCAAAACGCUGGAAAAUUACUGGCAACGACCAUUACGAGGGAAAAGCAUUUUUAAGUCACAUUUUAGUGUUGAAAUCCUGUCCUUGACGAUAUGCAAGUAUAAUAGACGCAUUGAUUGCAUGUAGAGUUUAAAAUCUGACACUUCAUCAGCAUAGUCCUCGAGUUUGCGGCCCAUCAAUGGCCACAACCUUUGUAGAUCGUGUACUACAGAGAACACAACUGGAGACUCAAUGUAUGGCUGUUGCCAGAAGACAAAGACGGAUACUUAGACUUAAGGAAAACACAGAGGACAGAUUUUGCUGUGUAUAUAUCUGUACAAAUAUAAAGCACUGAUAACAUAUUUUGAAUUAAACUUUGGCUUUAAUAGUGUUUUCUAGAUGUGUACUAAGUUUACCUAGUAAUGAGAGUUCAUUGUUGCCAUUCAUGUUGUUUUCUGUAAGUAAAUGUAGAAACCAGAGUAUUUUAUAUCCACUGUUUUAAUCUGAUUUUUUGCAGCACGUACACAUUACCUUAAUACUUGUAACUUUAUCAGUAUAUUUGUAACAAGUCAUCAACUACAAGCCUGAGAUCACAGUUAAUUAAUCUAGGGUGGGGGUAAGAGGGCAAAAAGGGGUCAUCCUGCUGUCUGUUGCACCGGUGUGUAUAAGAAACGGCAAACCUUUUGUAGAAAGUUUAUUUACGCCAACACAUACAUGAACAAAGCACCGUAUAACCUUAGAGUCUGAUACAGAAGUAAGCCUACCUGCCUCAGUCAUUGUGGCCAUGUUUUAUUUAUUUCAUAGCAAACACUCUGAAUAACAAAAAGACAGCCAAGGCAGCAGAAUCUAUCAUAUAUUACAGCAUGCUGAAUAGAAAACCUGGGAGAGAGAAUUAGACAGAGAGCCAUCUAGAGACACUAGUGAGAUACGACAGUAUAAAAGUGCCAUUCAUUAUACAGCAGUCCAAA